AUGAAUUUGAUCUUCAGGCCAGCAUGUUGUGUCCCUGGGACCAACUCAAUCAAGGAUUUUCACAAUAUGACCCAGAGACCCAUCCACUCACUCAAGAACUUCUACAAUGCCCCACCUCUCUCUGCCAUCAUACAUGAAUCGAAUGUUAUAAACUUUGAAGAUGGAUUCUUUUUACCCAGCAGUUGCUACAGCAAGACCUGGCUCCUGGACAACUUUCCAGAAACCUGCAGGGAAACCACCAGCUGCAUGGUACCUGAAGAUGAACGGGAAUUACACACAGAGGAGAGCUGUGUGCAAAAUGUCUGUGUCUCCAGAGUCGUCCAAACAACUUGUUCUACUUCCAGGCCCUGUGAAAACACAGCAUGCCAGUCAAGAAGUUCCUCGGCAGUGUUGGAGUGUGUUUCUCAGCCUUGCCAGUCAGAAAGUAGCCAGCAAAUGUGUUCUGUAGUCCAGAGAUGCCUACCUGUGAGCAACAUGGCGAAGUCUUGUCCACCCAAGACUUAUGUGUCUAAGAGUUGCCAGACUCUGGACUGUGACUGUAGCCAGAGCCAAGCUCAGAGCUCUGAAUCCAGUUCCUGUAGCUCUUUGGUCUAUGUCACACCAGAGUCACAGCUCCUGGAAACUUCUAACACUUAUGAGCCUACUUGCUGUGUUACUGGUGGUUUGUAA